CUAGGAGCCUCCGCCCCUUGGGACGGACCUGACCCGAAGCCGAGGUAGUGGCGCUCGGGAUUAAGAGGGGCCCUUGGAGGGAGAGAGGAUGGCAUCGUGGAGCCCUGGAACCCCAUGUUCCUGCGACUGUUUUGUCUCAGUGCCCCCAGCCUCGGCCAUUCCAGCCGUGAUCUUUGCCAAGAACUCCGACCGGCCCCGGGAUGAGGUGCAGGAGGUGUUGUUUGUACCAGCAGGAACUCAUGCCCCUGGGAGCUGGCUCCAGUGCACCUACAUUGAGGUGGAACAGGUGUCAAAGACCCAUGCUGUGAUCCUGAGCCGCCCUUCUUGGCUGUGGGGGGCUGAGAUGGGUGCCAAUGAACAUGGUGUCUGCAUCGGCAACGAGGCCGUGUGGACCAAGGAGCCAGUUGGGGAGGGGGAAGCCCUGCUGGGCAUGGAUCUACUCAGGCUGGCUUUAGAAAGGGGCAGCUCAGCCCAGGAGGCCUUGCACGUGAUCACAGGCUUGUUGGAGCGCUACGGGCAGGGGGGCAGCUGCCGGGAGGACCCCACGCCAUUCUGCUACCACAACACCUUCCUGCUGGCUGACCGGACUGAGGCGUGGGUGCUGGAGACGGCGGGGAGGCUGUGGGCUGCGCAGAGGAUCCAGGAGGGGGCCCGCAACAUCUCCAACCAGCUGAGCAUUGGCACAGACAUCUCGACAGAGCACCCUGAGCUCCGGCCCCACGCCCGGGCCCAGGGCUGGUGGGAUGGACAGGACAACUUUGACUUUGCACGGGUCUUCUCCCUGACCCAGCAGCCUGUGCGCAUGGAGGCUGCCAAGGCCCGCUUCCAGGCUGGGUGGGAGCUGCUGCAGCGACAGCAAGGGGGCAUCACGGCGGAGGUGAUGAUGGGCGUCCUCAGGAACAAGGAAAGUGGCAUCUGUAUGGACUCUGGAGGCUUCCGGACCACAGCCAGCAUGGUGUCCAUCCUGCCCCGGGAUCCCACCCAGCCUUGUGUCCACUUCCUCACUGCCACCCCAGACCCAUCCCGGUCAGUGUUCAAACCUUUCAUCUUCGGCGUAGGGGCGGCCCAGGUCCCCCAGGUUAUGUCCCCCACUUUUGGAGCACAGGACCCUGUUCGGACCCUGCCCCGAUUCCAGACUCAGGUGGAUCGCCGGCACCCCCUCUACCGCGGACACCAGGUGGCCCUGGGUCUGAUGGAGAGUGAGCAGGAUCGGGGGCAGCAGCUCCGGCAGAAGCAGCGGGAUCUGGAGCAGGAAGGCCUGGAGGCUGUGCGGGGGCUGCUGGCCGGGGAGCGGGCCCCACCCCACCAGGAGCUGGGCGGCCUCUUCCGGGCCUUUGUGGAGAAGGAGAACCAGGCCUAUGCCUGAGCCUGGCUCCUCCCGGCCUGGAGUGGGGUGCAGGGGGCUGGAGUGGGCCCAAGGGCCCUGGGGUAGUGGGCCAGAGCAAUCCCUUCAUCCCCUCGGCCUUGUUCUGAGUGGCCAGGUCGGCCUUUGCCCUAAUAAACAUGUUUUCCCUC